AUGGGCAAGUCACUAAGUCUCUCUGCUUUUCUGUUGUGCGCUGGUGAAACAGUUGUGGUAAGAAUGUUCUAUGAUGGUUUAGAUGUCUUUGCUAAGGUUUGUGAAACCUUUGGAAGAGCUGGACGUUUUGUACAGUAUCGGUCAGGACGGGAUCCUCAGCGAGGCUCAGACAAUGUUUCCAAUAAGUCUUCAGACAGUGAUGUCUCUGAUGUCUCCGCUGUGUCACGGACAAGCAGUGCCUCACGUUUCAGCAGCACAAGCUACAUGUCCGUCCAGUCAGAGCGUCCAAGAGGAAACAAGAAAAUAAGUGUCUUUACAUCCAAAAUGCAAAGCAGACAGAUGGGCGCCUCAGGAAAGAACAUGACUAAGAGCACCAGCAUCGGUGGGGACAUGUACACACUGGAGAAGAAUGAGGCCAGCCAGUCGGACACGGCAGUGGGCACUGUUGGUGGUGGUGGCAAAAAGAGACGCUCCAGCAUCGGUGCAAAGAUGGUCGCCAUUGUGGGCCUGUCACGAAAAAGCCGUAGCACAUCACAACUCAGCCAAACUG